AUGGGGGAGGAAGAAGAUGAUCCUGACUGGCUCCGCGCGUUUCAGGCACCAAGUGUGGCACCAGUGAUGCUUUCUUCUGGGUCAGAUGAUUCUCGUGAAGCUAGUCCGACAAGAACCAGUGCAUCUAGAGAACAAGACAAAGGAGAGAAGCAGGCUAGUCCAGAUCAUGCAGACUCAAAGAAGGAUAUGGUAACACUUUCAUCUGGUUCUGAUGCUUCCUGGGAAACAGCCCUUCAAGGGCUGGUGAAGAUAAUCAUGAAGAUGACUCACUUAGUACUGCCAAGAGAAAGGAUGCUCAGCAAACUAAGACUAGAAAAACAAAGGUUGCUGGAACAAAAGCUGGUCCAGACCAAGCAGGCAUUGAUACUUGAUAACUUAUCACUCAGAUUUGGAAUGACAUGUGAUACUGUUUCAUGGUUCAACAUCAAAGACGGAGAUGCUGAAGAUGAUAUGCAAGAUAAACUCACAGGAAACUCUGUCUCCCAGAGGUUACCAUUAAUAUUUCCUGAUAAAGUUCAACGUUCAAAGGCAUUGAUUGAAUGUGAUGGUGACUCGAUAGAUUUGAGUGGAGAUAUUGGUGCAGUUGGGAGGAUAGUAGUUUCAAAUGGUCCUACUGGAAAUCAGGAUUUGUUGUUGGACCUGAAAGGAACAAUAUACAAAACAACUAUAGUUCCAUCCAGGACAUUUUGUGUUGUUAGUGUGGGACAAUUAGAAGCAAAGAUAGAGGCUAUAAUGAAUGACUUCAUUCAACUGGAACCACAAUCCAAUUUAUUUGAAGCAGAGACUAUGAUGGAAGGUACCCUUGAUGGAUUCACAUUUGAUUCAGACAAGGAGGGUGACAAAUUCUAUGAACCACAGGCUAAUCAAAAUGAUCAGAAUAAUGAAGAUGAAGGUCAACCUAAGGCAAAGACCAAAAGGAAAGCAGAGAAAACAGCGGGGAAGGCACCGAAGAAGGCAAAGGUUACAGGAAAGGGCCCUAAAAAGGGCGCAAGGAAAACCCAACCUACCAAAAGAGGUAGGAAGGCGAAGAAGUGA